AUGUCGGCACAAUCAUUAAACAAUGAUUUCUUCCGAACGAACAUGCGGAUCAUUAAGUGGAGCGGUGUAUGGAUACCGGAUGAAUCGGCUCAUCCGGUUGUGAAAUUUUGGUAUUUAAUAUUCGACACGUUAAUUAUGAUUUACUUCUGCGUUCUGUUCACCCCGGGCGAGUUUGUUGUACUCCCAGAGACAGUCAAGAGUUUUCCUGAUUUAAUGAAGAACCUGAAUAUGGGCAUGACCCAUUUCCUGGCGAUCAUCAAGAUUUACACGUGGUUCUCAAAAAGGAAAGAGAUCUUGGGCAUCAUAGAUACGCUCAGCAAGAACACCGUGGCGGAGAAGAUAGGAGAAUUCGAUCCUGAUAAGAUCAUCAGAGAGGAUAGGAAAACGAAGCAAAUUGCGACUUUGGCAUUCUUUUCUGUCGCCUGUUGCGUGGGCAGCUCUUCCUGUUUGAAUUCUCUGUACAUUGUGCUCUUCAACUCGGAGAAUCAAUUCGCCACCGAAAUCGAUGCGUUCAAUAGAACUACAGUUUAUUACAACCAGAAAUUGCCUUACUACAGUUGGAUUCCAUGGGAUCACAGAGCUUCGAGGUUUAAUUUUGCAUGCGCGGCUGUCUUCCAAAGCAUGGCUGUUGUUAAUUCCGCUUUCAUAAUAGUCGGUUUCGAUACCCUUUUCACGGCGAUCAUUGGCUACACCAGUUGCCAAAUUAAAAUCCUGCAAGGUGCGUUCAGGACCAUUAGACCACGAAUCUUAAGAAAACUCGAACUUCCCGAUUUACCUACCUUAAAAAACUCACCGGAAGUCGAAGCUGAGAUGAUGAAGGAGAUGAACAUAUGCAUUAUUAUGUUAUUCAUUUCUAGGAUGUGUGAGAAACUAGAGACUAUUUUCACUUACAUUACUUUAGGUCAAGUUCUUAUUUCUCUCGUAGUCUUUUGUACAUGCCUGUACUUAACUUCGUCGAUUCCAAUGAACGACGGAAAGUUUCUAGUGGAAUUAAUAUAUUUGCUUGCCAUAGAGAUACAGAUUUAUAUUUAUUGUUAUUUUGGCAACAAAGUAACCUUAAGGGGUGAAGACAUUUCAAUGUCUUUGUAUGAGGGUGAUUGGUUACAAUCCAGUGCUCCUUUUAAAAGCAGCAUGAUGAUCACAAUGGCAAGGAUGCGUAGGCCAAUCCAUUUGACCAUUGGGAAGUUUACUCCAUUGACCAUAUCGACAUUCGUAACGAUAGGUCGAGCUUCGUAUUCAUUCUUCGCAGUGUUGAAGAACCAAAAUCAGAAUCCUUAGAUCGUACGUGAGGAGAAU